GGCACAGCCUGUGGAGCGCUCAGCGGCAGCGAUGGUGCCGGCCCAGGUCCGGGAGCUGUGCGGCGCAGUGAGGCGCGCUGAGUUGUGUGGUUUCACCCAUAGACUGGACGUCCUUCUGUGACCGAAGGAGCAGCAGUGAGGAGUGAGCAGAGAUCAGAAAAAGAAGGGUUGACUGUUUAUGGAGUUAUAGUAAAACACAUAAACAGAGAUAAUUCUACCUUCUAGAGUGGUACACUAUCACCCAGCCAUGCCUGUAGAAGGAAAAAGUGAUAUGGAGAGGAUUGGCCUCUUCAGUGAAAUGAGCUAUGUUACCAUUGGAGAUAAAUAUGUAUCACAUUAUAUGCGCCCUUUUAAUGAAACUGCGAGCAAGAACAGACAGAUGCUGUCUGAGGGGAGCAAAACAUUGUCAGCUCUUCAGGCAGGUUAUUUUGACCCUCAGUUUAAGAGGAUUUUCAGCGGUGAAGCCUACUCAAAUCCUGUUCAACUAAGGAGACGUUAUAGAUUGGCAGAAUCAAAGAAAAAUUUGGGCAAAGCUUUCCUUCCCAGUAAUGGAGAUAAAUUGCCAUGUGGACUAGGUAGCUAUUAUGGAACCAUAGGAGGUCCGUUUGCAUACUUCAGUGCACAACUGAAAGCCAGAGAAAGAUACAUUCCUCCUGGAAAGAAUUUUUAUACUAGUCCAGGAAAAAAAGGAACUGGAUAUGGUUAUGCGAAUCUUACUAUAGGUGAGCAAUAUCCACAUGAAGCGGAUGGCUAUGAAUUAGAAACAAUAAUUGCAAAGAAAGCACGAGAGGAACACAAGCGUUUGGCUAAAGGAGGGCCCUUCAAGACAAAUAUGUACCCCCUGGAGUAUUUUGACAUGAAUCCCUAUUUUAACGACAAACCUUUGCCACCUGUGAAGAAACCACCUCCAGAGAAGCGAAUUGCACCACCUUUCAAACCAAGUUCCCCUGCUAAGAAGUCAGGGGGCAUGAAAGGUGGCACAUUUGAUCCUUAUCCAAGCCAUUCUGCUGACCCUUAUGUAACCAAAAAAACUAUGGCUGCCUCAUCCAGUAAAGAACAAAAGGUUUUUCAUCCUCCUCCUGGACCGAAAAGCAGACCUGUUACAAGUAUAAUCACUCAAAAUGUCUUAAGAUCAAUAAAUAUAAAGAACUACAAGACUGCAUAUGCUGCAUCUUAUUAGGUGGACUACAGGAGAAGCAUGUAGCAUGUCUGGAUGUUCUCCACCUGCUCUCUCAAGAUGAUCACAGCAGCUUUAGAAAAGGAGCCGCCACCAAUAGCUCUGCAGCUCUCACGGGAUGCAAUUAAGACCACUACAGUUUAUCUUGGUACGGGAUAUGUUACAUCCUGCAGAAAAUCUGUGGUAAGACAAGACGUAUGAAAGAUUCUGAAGCACUGUGCAGAAUUCUGCAGAAGAAUGUGUAACAGAGAGUGGGAAGAGCAAAAUUAUGCCUUACUGUAUGAAGUGAUGCACUCCUGCUGGACCAAAUGGAAGACACGACGGGAGUACUGAGACUUUAUCAGUUUGUUUUUUAGGGGCUGCACUUUUUUUCCUUCGGAAAGGCACUGGGCUGACUAGGAAUGCUAUCUUGGAGAGGCCAGAUUCUGCCUCCUGUCUCCUUGAAUCUUCAGCAGGUUCUUGUUUAGCCCUUUCAUGUUUCAACAUGGUGGUGAAGCGGGUGUAGGACGCUGGGCAUCUCCCUUUGCAGGAGCUGAUGAGAUGCCUGUGAUGGUGGUGGUGGUGGUGGUGGUGAUGGCCCGAUCCAUAAAAGCUUUCAGAUGAUGUGAAGGAAUAGUGAUCAAAGUCACUUUCACUACAAAAGGAUGACCCCUCUAUCUGGAUAAAGUCACUGAGGUCAGAAACCACUCCAUCUUGAUCACUGUCUGAGAAAUCCAUAUGUGACCGCUGUGGCUCAUCACUGGUCACUUCAAUAUGAAUUGGCACCAGGGUUUUAGACUUGUAGCUCCGUUGUACCUGAGAGGGAUGUCUGACUUCAUUUUCUUCCUCCAGCAGAGACUCGAUAGAAAAUCGCCGCUGUGAACAUAAACCAUUUUUAGGAGGCUCUAGUGUAAUGUUUGACAACAUUUCAUCACCUAGAUUUGGCAUUGAUUUUGACUUCUGAAUUAGUUUUUCAAAUUCCGAUAUUCUGGUUGGCACCAUAUCUCUGGGCACCUCUUCCGUAGAAGAUUCUCUCCAGCCCUGAAGGAUACCUUUAUGCUGUUCUUUUUCAUACUGCAGUAUUCUGGACUUCACAGAACAGAUCACCUCAGAGUUCAUCAAGUCCUUGCGAUUGAUACGAUGCAUCUUUUUGUACAUUUUAAGGAAACCUGGGGCAUCGUGCGCAGAUCUGUGACGAACUCUUGCCCUACCACCACCACGGCCCUCAGGUGCAUAUGGGGAUGCCCAGUUCAUUGAGCAAACCUCUUUAGCAUCCUCCUCACAUAGAAGAGAGCCCAUGCUUUCAGACUUGGCCUGUGCAUCGGGAAAGCCAUCCCGAUCAUCUGUUAAAAGAUCAUCACAGCUACGAGAUUUUCUCUUUGGAGAAGUGGUUUCUUCUGUGCUGCUCCAUACUUCUGCAUUUUGUCGAGUCAUUUGCCAGCCAUUCUUGUAGCUGAUUGCCCUCCUUGAAUCGUUAGGAACAGCUAAAUGUUGUCUGUAAGUGCUACAGUAAUCUAAUUCAUUUGAGGUGUUGUGGUUGUGCACUGAAUAACUGAGGAGGGAUGGAUAUACUUUGCUAAUAUCCCCACCUUUAUAAUCCAUAGAGCAGCAUGAUAAAAGAGAGACAUUGCCAGAAAUUAAAAGAUUCAGAAAGUUGGAAUUAAUAUCAGUAAGUAUCAGAAAGACUAGAAAAGAGACAGCCAUUAGUGCAUCUGUUCUGUCAGCUUUGGACAGCACAUACAUUUCUACAGACCAGGACUGCAGAGCUAAUAAACCAUUUUCCAGCUUUAAUAACGCACUUAUGAUAAUUUGAACAUUGAAAAAAAUAAAUCCAAAUUCCUUAAGAAUUGUGGUGAUGUCCGCCUCCCAAACAAAAACAAAACAGUGUAAGAAAACAACUAUCAAUAUUGAUCAUGAAGCAGGUUAAAAAAAAAAAAAAAAGAUGAAGUCAAACCAAAAAUCUAGACUCCAGAAUUAUAACUUUGAGAUAAAUUGAAGUGUUUUAUCCCUAGAGCUAAGACCAACACUUUUUAUGUUUAAAUAGAUCAUUUUUUUUUUCCUGUGGUAAUCAAAUUAAAUGAUAAGUACAGAAAGUGUAAAAAUUGGACAAAAUUUGUAUCUCUUAGUUAAUUUAAAUUUCUUAUUAGUAUAUGCUGAGUUUAAGAAAUUAUUCCAUUAUACAUUCUUAACUAUGUUUCAAAUACUGGCUUAACUAUAUUUCAAAAAUGUGUAUUCUGAAAGCUGUACAGAGUUUUUGAUCUGAUUAAUGUUCAGACAGUUGACAGGUGGUGCAGUAAAAAGUAAAUGCAGGUGAACUGAGUUCACCACCUUUUCACUGUCUGCCCUGGUGCACCAAAUGGAUGAGAUUAUUUUUUAAAUUACUGAUCUUAACAGUGGUUUUAAAAUAAAUCUGUUCUAUCACUUCAUUCUUAGUAUUUCUCACUGUUUUUCUUUGAUACAAGGAUGGGUAUUGUAGUAGAUAGUACUCUGUAUAUUACAUCCAUCAUAUAUU